AUGGCUUUAAACUAUUUCUCAAAUAGGAUAUAUGGAUCUCAAAUUCAACAAAACACCAAUUACCAAGAUCAAUCCUUUUUAACAUUUCCACCAACCCAACUCCAACUUCCACCUAAUCCUCACUUCUCAAACCCUAACAACACCAACAAUCUAACCAUUUCUGAAUCUUUCAUCGACCCAUUCUUACCCAUCGAACCUUCUUACAAUUAUUACAACGAUUUCACACCAUUUGAAACUGAUUACUACCUUAAUCCCAAUUCCCCUACUUAUAAUAAUAAUAAUAAUUACCUCUAUGAUCAUCACCCAUCACCACCUCCACUUAACCCUAAAAGACAAAGAUUCUUUUAUGAGGAUUACGACGGUUUCAUUCCAAACCCACCUAUUUUUUUUCAAGAAUUUGUCGAAGAAGAAGAGAGUAGCAGUGCUAAUGUUGUUUUAGUAGGGAAUGAUAAUAUUAGUAAUAAGAAGAAGAACAAUAAUGGUAUUGAGAAUGUUGUGUCGGCUCAGAGUAUUGCGGCUAGACAAAGGAGAAGGAAGAUAAGUGAGAAAACUCAGGAGCUGGGAAAGCUAAUUCCGGGAGGACAAAGAAUGAAUACUGCUGAAAUGUUUCAUGCUGCUUUUAAACAUAUUAAGUUUCUUCAGGCUCAAGUUGGGAUUCUUGAAUUGAUGGGUUCUUUUCAUAAUCAUGAUCAUAUGAUAAAAGAAGAGGAAACUUGGGAUAGAAAAGAGAUGGCGGCGGCAGUUACAUGUCCAAGAAUUCAGGAGAAGUUACAUUUGAAGGAGAAGUGUUUGGUUCCCAAACAAGUCCUUAAAAGUUUGGUUAAUCAUCCACAACUUAACUCAAAUGUUGCAUCAUUACUUGAGGAAUUUAUUCUUACUAUUGCUUGAUAUGAUUUUAUUUAGUUUCAUUGCAUGCUUUUAUUAAUUAAUUAAUUAUCACUUUAUUUAUGUAUUUUUUUAUGACAAUUAAUGUUAAGUUUGUCUUAACAAUUUAUGAUGUAUGAGGUU